CUCUUCGGCUUCCUCUUCUGCGUCGCCUGGUCGCUGCUCUUCCACUUCCAGGAGACCACGGCCACGCACUGCGGGGUCCCCAACUACCUCCCGUCCAUCAGCGCGGCCAUCGGGGGCGAGGCCCCGCAGCGCUACGUGUGGCGCCUCUGCAUCGGCCUCCACUCGGCGCCCCGCUUCCUCGUGGCCGUCGCCUACUGGAACCACUACCAGCGCUGCCCCUGCGCCCACCCGCGCUACCCGCGCCUCUGCCACCUCAACCUGCUGCUCAACGUGCUCGAGAACGGCGCCCUCCUCGUCCUCACCUACGUGUCCUCCUCGGAGAACUACAGUAGGUGCCUCCUCGCUCCGCAGGGACGCUUGGGAAGGAGUCGGUUUUGGGGGGAAAACGCCAGGAAAACACCCAGGUUGGGCUCGGUGUUUGUCAGCGGCAGCCGGUGCCGCCGCGGCACAGCUGGUGCUUUGGCCUCCGAUGCUCUCGGCUGCUUGGCCCAAACUGGAGGCAGUUUUGGAGUGGAGGCUCAAAUGGGAGUUCGGAGCUUGGUCCCCGCGUCCCUGCCCRGCCCUGCUCCUGGCUCCGGGGUGCCCGUGUCCCUCGCGGUUGGCGCCCAGCCUGCGCUGUCCUGGUGGAGCCUCCUGGCACGGAGCUUUCCGGGUGGAAUUCCCUGGAGCUGGAGGUUUUGGAGGCCCAGGCACGGCGGGAGCUCGCGGGUGCUCGGCGCUGCUUCCCGGGGCUUGUUGCUCUUCCUGCUCCUUCUCCUCCCCGUUUUUCCUGGGUCAGGGGAGCUGGUGGCCCCAGGGUGCCACGUGCCCGUCGGCUGCAGCACCCUGGGGUGA